AAAGACAGCUAACUUAGAAAAGUGAUAAAUUAUGGUACACAUAAACGAUUUGGCUCUUUUGUUCAUUUUUAUUAUUAUAUGUUUCGUCAAAAAUUCUAUUUGUUUAUUGCCGCCGGAAUUCGAAUGGAAAGUUAUAGAUUUUGCGUGGCAACCUGGUCACAAAGAGUUCGCUAUAGCAUCUAACGCCUACAUACCUAAAAACAAUCUUCCUACUGGGAUAGCGAGAUGGAGGGAUAAGCUUUUUAUUACUAUCCCAAGAUGGAAAAGAGGUGUUCCAGCGUCUCUCAACUACGUGUUUUUGAAUGGCAGUCACCAGCAGCCGCUGAUUCCGUACCCGACGUGGGCUGACGCGUUUGUUCCUGAUGGCGCGAAGAGUGUCAGUACGGCUAGUACUGUUGUAUCCGCUUUUAGAGUCCAUGUUGACAAAUGUGACAGGCUGUGGGUAGUUGAUAAUGGCGCCACUAAUAUAUGCGAAAACGUGCGACAGAUAGCGCCACCAGCAAUAGUUGUGUUCGAUUUAAAACGAGAUUCGCUUAAAUACAAGCACUUCUUCAGCGAUGCCGUGCUGCGGGACUCGACUGUCUUCUCCAGCAUUGCGGUGGACAUAGUAGACAACGACUGCCACAACACAUUCGCUUACGUGGCGGACAUGGGGGCGGGCGCGCUGGUCGUAUUUGACCUGCAACACGAUACCUCCUGGCGGCUGGAGCAUAUGCACUUCCAGUUCCAGCAGAAUGCCAGCGAGUAUCAUGUCGGUGGUAUCGACUUCUUUUGGCAUGACGGUGUCUCUUCACUCGCGUUGUCGCAGACUGCGAGCGAUGGGUAUCGUGACCUGUAUUGUUAUCCGACAUCGAGUACCAAGAUGUUAAAGAUAUCGACAAAACUGUUGAGAAAUCCUCACUUCACUCCACAGGACGUAAAGCAUGGAGUAGAGGUGGUUGGUGAGAAAGGCCCGCAGUCGCAAUCAACGGCGUGCGACUACGACCCUAAAAAUAAUGUGCUCUAUUACACUGAGCUCAGUAAAAACGGCGUGGGCUGCUGGAACUUGGACCGGCCGUUCAACUCUGAAAACACGCAGCUGCUCAUCAGUGAUUGUGUUGCACUCGAAUAUCCGAAUGACAUCAAGAUGGACUUUGACGGCAAUGUGUGGAUCCUGUCUGAUCGUCAGGCACGUUUUCUUUACGACAAGAUGGAUUUCACUCAGAUCAACUUCCGCGUGCUAUGCGCGGAGUCGACGGCUCUUAUACAAGGUACUCGCUGUCAGCUGUCAAUGAUAGAGCGAGCUAUAGCAUAUAUAAAGAAGUGACUAUAUGAACUCAAUUAUAUAAUCCUCUUGCUUCUUAUAUGUUUGAUAUUUCAUUGUCUAAUGUGUUAUC